GCCUAUUCUCCCUUAGCGGCCUCGACAGGAUUCAUCGCAUCCAAACUUGAAGAUUAAAAAAAAAAAAAAAAACAGCAAUUCAGAAUGCAUUUGAAAGCUAUGUUGUAAUGAUUUAUUCUACAAAGCUCAAGUUUUUAUGAAGGUCAAGUCAUGGGUGACUGGUCCAUUCUUGGCCGUUUUCUUUCUGAGGUGCAAAAUCACUCUACAGUGAUCGGCAAGAUCUGGCUCACCAUGCUGCUCAUCUUCCGCAUCCUGUUGGUGGCCUUGGUGGGAGACGCCGUUUACAACGACGAGCAGUCAAAGUUCACCUGCAAUACGCAGCAGCCCGGCUGCAACAACGUCUGCUACGACACAUUUGCACCCGUUUCACAUCUGAGAUUCUGGGUUUUCCAAAUUGUGAUGGUUUCCACCCCAUCCAUUUUCUACAUUGUAUUUGUUUUGCAUAAAAUUGCCAAAGAUGAGAAGGUCGACGGUCAACAAGCGCAGGUGCUGAGACAGAGGCCUUCAAGGCAGAGGUCUGGACAGAAGGAUGGAAUGGAGGCAUUGCGGGUGGGUGUCUCUCCUUACUGUCCUCAGUUCAGGGAGGAUUGGGAUGAGAGUGAAAGAGCACAGCCAAGUUUCCUAGAGGAGGCUCGAGCCGAUCUAGGAGAAGACCCUACUCAGCAAUCUAACCAGGUUCUACUCAUUUAUAUCCUUCAUGUGUUACUUCGAUCUGUCAUGGAGAUCACCUUUCUGGUGGGCCAGUAUUUGUUAUUUGGGUUUGAGGUGCCUCACCUCUACCGCUGUGAGACCUACCCUUGCCCGACUCGCACAGACUGUUUUGUAUCUCGUGCCACCGAGAAAACUAUAUUCCUCAACUUCAUGUUCAGCAUCAGCCUGGGCUGCUUUGUGCUCAACAUUGCGGAGCUCCACUACCUGGGCUGGGUCUACAUUUUCCGUGUCCUCUGCUCAGCUUGCUCCACCUGCUGCAGUCAGGAGACCGAAUCGGUGAAAAUGUACCCAAAACAAAACCCUCUCCUGCUGCAACUCAGGCAUUCUCUGAGAGGUCAGCUGGUUCUGCAGACCCGAUCAGCCAUGGCUGAGAAGACUGGAGGUGUUCUUACACAUGCCCCGGCUAUCUCCUUUGAGACAGACUCCACUGUGGAAUGCACCUCAAAGAGAAGUCCAGAGAACUUGGACAAGGUGAAGGUCAAGUUGGCCAGACUGGGACGAACAAAGAAGUCUUGGCUGUGAGAAUGACAGUUUUAAUCAUCUCAGUUUUGUGUUUUCAACAUGUACUAUGGUAAUAAAGCUAGAUGAUCCGGUGCUGACUAUUAGUUUUACAAUAUAAUGCAGUUUUCCGCCGUGUACAUUUAAUUUUCAUAACCCGCAAUGUCAUUUUUUGUAUUACAGUAUGUCAAAUUUCGUCAUGGCAGAUCUGGUCAAUUCAAUGGCAUUCAGUGGAACUACAGCAUAAAACAGUGAUACAAAACCUUAAAUUCAUAUACAAUGGGUCCUGUACAUUUGGGAGUCAGCAUUCAUAUUUUUUCUUUCAUUUCUAUUUGACUAUAAGUUGGUAAUAAUUUAUAAAUACAUGAUAACACAAGUAAAAACACAUGUACUACUGUUAGAAAGCACCACAAUUUUUACAUGUUUAGGUCUUCACGCUUCAACGGUAAUGUUUUUAAGCAUUAAGAUUUUGCACUUUGUUCGGAGGUCCUUGAACGCACCACGGUUGUGUGCUGAUAUGCAAAAGUUUGUUUGGCGACGGGAGCACUAGCUUUGACAGUCAUGGAUCAUCUUACAUUAUCAUUCAUUCGUGGUGAGUACCGGUACAUUUUAUACUUUAAAUGUGUUUAAUAAGUGUGUGAGGCAUAUUUAGGGCUUAAACCAGGGGUGUGCGCGACUGAACAAUGGCAAUCAAAGAGAGGAGGGGAUGAUUCUGGAGUCUGGAGCCUCAUCUAAUCUAAUAAUUCUAACAAUCACUUUUAUUGCAUAUGUUGAGCCAAAAUCAGAGGAGAACAUCAAUGUCAAGCUAGCAGGAGAGUUUGGAGGGCGAGGAGUGAGCCAUGUGCCAAGUCAAUUUGUCAAUUUCUUGUGGUUUUUCUCCAAA